AUGGCGGAAAACGAAUUUGUGGUCGUCGACCAUCCUCGCCAACGGAAUGAGCCAACUCCUUCUGAGAAAGCGAUUGCAGAAACCCUGAUCAAAACUGGAGAAAGACUCAAAGCUGCCGAGACCGAGAUCCAAACACUCUCAGCACAACUCCGGGCUUCCGAAGCGCAGCGACAAGAUGAGUUCAACAAGAUGAAGGACAUCAAUAGUAGUCUUCUGCGCCGCCUCGAAGAACUUGAGAUCACUACGACCAAGAACAACAACCGCGCAACUGUCAUCAAGGAGGGAAUCGAUGCAGUAGUUCCCAGUGUCAAGAGCCUUGUCGACGAGCAAACGGAAAAGAUCUCCAAAGUCACAGACACUUACUCGGCUCUGACAACCCUGGCAAGAGAUAACAGCAACAAAGCGACCAUCAACACGCGCGCCAUCACUGACCUGACUUCUCAAGUGAAUUAUCUCAACAACAUGUUUGGCGUUACGGCUACGUCAAGGGCUCAACACCAGUAUUAA